GUUUGCUUUGAGGGUGACGAGUGGCCCAUGUAUGACGAGUUGUGCAAGGUGGCAAACUCGGUCUUCGACCACGUCCCCGUCAGAGACGGUAUCCCGAGGCUGGUAGCGAAGAACACGCAUCGCUGGCCUGACCCUACCGACAAGCCCGACUUUGAGGAGAACACGAACCCUGACGUAACUGUCUAUCCCGAACACGACGACGCGAAGCGCGCAUAUACGAUCGAGGCGUCAGCGCUCAAAGGAAAGUCGGAGCAGAGAAUCAAGCACUGUGCAGAGAAGGAGGCUAGGACUUCGUGGCUAUGGGCAAGCCUUUGUAUCGAAGCGAAGGCUGAUACCGAUGACUCUCCGUUUGUGGUGCCGCCGGCCAUGAAGAGUGAUAGAGCCGAGAAGACUGAAGCACGCACGACAGCUACGCCUGAUAAGACAGAGUCUGGAUCAUCAGGUCGGGCGACGGCUGGGACCGCCUCAGCAGCGUCGACGACGUUUACUCCUGCUACUCCGGGACCAAGCAACACAGCCGCACCGCCUUUCCUCCGUCAAGACACCACCAGCGGUCGGCAGACAAUGGGGCAGAUGUUUCAGUACGUUUACAAGAUCCUGCGAAGACAGUUCCUAUCCUGUCUGGUCACGGUCUUCACCUGCCGUGACCAUGCAUGGCUACUCUACUGGGACCGGGCGGGGCUCAUUGUCUCGGAGCCGUUCAACUUUGUGCAGCAGCCGCGCCUCUUACAGAACUUUUUCUAUCGGUUCGCCUGUAUGGAUGUCAUCCAGAGAGGCGGCGAUCCGACGGUCACUCGGGCAACCGAGGACGAGGUUGAGCUGAUGCGCAGCCACGACAGGUUCGACUCUGACUGGCACAAGACCCAGUUCAAGGCCACGUUAGCACCAGGCUGGCCUAUCUACAAGGUUUCCUCGGACAACGGACGCAAGCCCGAGCGGAAGUUCCUGGUCGGGAAGCCGUACUUCAUGAGUGACUCGCCCAUCGGAGGAGGAACCAGGGGAUAUAUCGCGUAUGACGUCGCCGAACAUCGACUGGUCUUCUUCAAGGAGUAUUGGCGCGUGGACGAGCCGACCUAUCAUCCGGAAGGAGAGGUUUACCUGGAGUUGCAUAAGCACGGGGUGCAGUACAUAGCAACCCCGAUCGCUGCCGGCGACGUUUGCGGUGCGACCGGCGAAGCUCGUUCCACUCGUGCGCAAGCCUUCCUCGAAGGCUCGCCGCCCAAGCUCAUCCAAUAUCGCAUCAUUUUGCUGGAGAUUGGUAAACCGCUGAAAGAGUAUGAGACCUCUUACGAUCUAGUAGUCGCCAUGUACUGCUGUUUGACGGCACAUCAAGAAGCCUGGGGAAAAGCCCAUAUCCUGCACCGCGACAUAAGCAGCGGCAAUCUGCUGCUAUGCUGUGUCGUGACCAAAGACGGCGACAUCACAUGGAUCGGCAUAUUGGUUGACUGGGGUUUGUGCAAGUACGCGAAUGAGUUAGGAAAGCCGAGUGUGCUGAAACCCCGUUCAGGCACAUGGCGGUUUAUCUCAGCGGUCUUGCUGGUAUACCCGGGACACUUCGCCCACGCGGUGUGGCACGAUCUCGAAUCGUUCAUACACGUCCUUCAUUGGAUGUGCGCGCGAUUU